CCCCAGUCCCCCUGCCGUGAGGAGGCCCAGGGUUUUCAGAGUGGGGGUGUGGGGAGCCAGAUGUCCCCUGCCUCUGGGGCAACUUGAGUCAUAGCUCCCCCAUCCCACCCCCACUCAGAAGUGCUGGAUGCAUGAGCCCAGUGGGGGUCAGGGGGGUCUCGGGAGUGGGCGAGGGGGGAAAGCUGGCCACGUUUCUGCCCCUCUCCCAGAUCCCCAGGGGGCAGUACAGCAAAGUUAGCGUUUCUAGUUAGCUGUCUGGAAGAACUUCCUGUGUCCGGGCAGGGAGGGGGCCCUCUGGGAUGGAGGAGCCGGUGGACUCAGCCCUCACAGCCCUCCCCGCAGAAAGCCGGCGGUCCGGAGGUUGCCCUCCACUGAGCUGGGACCGGACGUGGGGACCUGGAGGCUCCGCCAAGUCUGCUGUGUAGCCAAGACUGGAGGCCGGACUCCACCAGGGGUUCUGGAACGUCAGGAACCUGGUGAAAAGUGUGCCCCAGUGCCCUCUCCCAAAAAAUUACACACACGUCACUUGUCCUACAAUGUCGGGGUGUUCAGAACGCCUGGGCUGGUGACAUCAUGGCCCCCUCCGGCGCUGGCCCCCUCAGACUCCACUCUAAGUGCUUCCUCCUGCUGCAGAAACAGACCUCAGGCUCUGAGUCUGUGAUAAAGACGCAGGGUCUUGGGAGGCCUGAGGCCUGGCAGGAAAGGAGUCUUCUGGGGGCUGGGAGCCCUGCCCGGCCUGGCUGCUCUGGGGCCCCCGGGCCGUGUGCACGUGGUUUCCUGCUUAGUGAGAUGCUCCGGGCCCAGGGGCUAAUUGGGAGCAGGUGGUGGGCUUGGCCCAGGCUGCUGAGCCCCGGCCAUGAUGCUGGCUGGGCAGAGCUGGGGUCCCCAGUAUCCGCCUGGGGUCAGGGACUCGUACAGUUGGUGCACUGGACACCCAGGGAGGUGCUGGGCCAGUGGGGUGGACAUGGGCGUGGGUGAGGAGAGAACGGUCCAGGCUGGCACAGCAUUAGAAACGUCCCCUCAGUGAUCAGGGCAGGGUGGGGUCUGUCUGUCAAGGUCAGCCCCGGAGCCAGGUUGGAGGCCUUGUCCCUUGUGACCCAAACACCCAGAUGGGCCGACCCCAGAUGAGACUACCCAAAGUAGUCCUGACCCCUGGUCCCCUGGCUCCCUGGAUGCCUGGGUUCUGCUCGGGGGGCCUGCUUCUCCAGGCUGAAUCCAGGGGACCAGAAGUGGGCUCUGCAGUCCUGGGUCCUGGGCCUGGGCACAGCUCCCCCGCUCCCCUUCCUCCAGCUGUCCUCUGACACCACCCCGGCCUGCCGCUCUCCAUGGCCAUGAGAACUGCCUACCUCUUCCUGCUCUUCCUGCCUGGCCUGCUGGCUCAGGGCCAGUAUGACCUGGACCCGCUGCCACCGUUCCCUGACCACGUCCAGUACACACACUACGGCGACCAGAUCGACAACCCAGACUACUAUGAUUACCAAGAGGUGACUUCUCGGCCCUCCGAGGAGCAGUUCCAGUUCCAGUCCCAGCAGCAAGUCCAACAGGAAGUCAUCCCAGCCCCCACCCCAGAACCAGGAAAUGCAGAGACGGAGCCCACGGAGCCGGGGCCUCUCGACUGCCGCGAGGAGCAGUACCCGUGCACCCGCCUCUAUUCCAUACACAAGCCUUGCAAACAGUGUCUCAACGAGGUCUGCUUCUAUAGCCUCCGCCGUGUAUAUGUCGUCAACAAGGAGAUCUGUGUCCGCACAGUCUGUGCCCACGAGGAGCUCCUCCGAGCUGACCUGUGUCGGGACAAGUUCUCCAAAUGUGGCGUGAUGGCCAGCAGCGGCCUGUGCCACUCCGUGGCAGCCUCCUGUGCCAGGAGCUGCGGGGGUUGCUAGGGUGGAGCCGUGUCCUGAGCCCUGCCCGCCUCAGAUCUGGGGGCCUCGCCCCACCUGACCUGGUGCUUUUCUCCCGUCCUGACGUUCCCUUUAUUGUGUGCAAAGUUAGUGGACUGCAGCCCUGGGCUGUGGGCUGUGGUGCCCCAGGCCCCACUCCCAGCCUGUGGCCACUCCUGGGGCAUGACAGGGGCUCCCCACUGCCCAGUCUCUGCCCCCUUGGUGGGGGACACCUCAGGCCUCUCUGUGGGACCUGGACCCCUGGGGCCUUCUCAGCCCCUCUGAGGACAGUCCCCCGUUCAUAGUCCCCCCAGGUAGGCUAUGCCCCUCAUCCCAGCUGGUCUGCUUGGAUUUCCUACAGCCCCCUGGGCAUGGACCACCUUUGUUUGUUUUAUACAAAAUUAAAAACAACUUUUUACAAAA